CGGAAAAAGGAGGUAAGAUGCCUAUCCCUGUCCCUCUCGUUGGGCUCCUCAUCUCAAGAGGAACAAACAAGAGCAAACUCGGUGUCGAGCGGCGCCAACCCGGACUCAAGCCCUGGAGGCCCGGGAAGGCCGCCUGCGGAGGAGCCCCCGCAGACGCCAUACUAAAAGCCAAAAUGGCUGCCCCGAGGAGGCCCGCACCGCGUAGCUAGUGAAGGCUGGGGAGCAAGCUUCUGCGGGAAAGAGGGAGGGGAACUCCAGGAAAGCCGUUGAGAAGACUAUCACACCCUGAGCAGCACAGGUUCCAAUUACAGCCAUCUCUUAUAUAACUUUUUAACUAUAUUUGGAAAAGUACUGGCCAGGAAAUAAAAAUGAUAAAAUUUUUCCUCAUGGUGAAUAAACAAGGGCAGACGCGACUUUCUAAGUACUAUGAACAUGUGGAUGUUAAUAAGCGUACACUUCUGGAAACAGAAGUCAUAAAGAGCUGUCUCUCUCGAUCCAAUGAACAAUGCUCUUUCAUUGAAUUUAAGGAUUUUAAGCUGAUAUAUCGGCAGUAUGCAGCUCUCUUCAUUGUAGUUGGAGUAAAUGACACUGAGAACGAGAUGGCUAUUUAUGAAUUCAUUCAUAACUUUGUGGAAGUUUUAGAUGAGUAUUUCAGCCGAGUGAGUGAAUUAGAUAUAAUGUUUAAUUUAGAUAAAGUACAUAUCAUUUUGGAUGAGAUGGUGUUAAAUGGCUGCAUUGUGGAAACUAACAGGGCAAGAAUUCUUGCCCCUCUACUAAUUCUUGAUAAGAUGUCAGAAAGCUGAAAGGAAGUCUCUUUCAGACAACAUGGAUUUAUCAGAAAUGUGAGUACCAUGGAAUACAUCUCAACAUUUGUAAUCCAGAAGAAUCUGGAAGACCACAAUUAUAAAAUGGGAUAUCCUUCCAAAGACAUUAUAAAUAGGUGUUUUCCACAGUUUCUAAAACCAGAACUGUACUUUAAAAUAUGAACAAAGAAAAUUUUUUUUCUAAACUGAGAGAGAUGUUUUAUUUUCUAAUUGUAAACAUAACUUUCCUACUUCUUUAAAUUCUGUUGAGCACCUAAGGAACACUUCUUGGUCUAUGCUUCUUUUUGCAAGUUGAAUUCAGGAAUAGGAGGAUGGUAGUGAGAAGAAAGUACGCAGUUUUCUGUCAGCCAAGGAAGUUUUAAAAUUUAAACACAGA